AUGGAUGCUUCGGAUGUAUGUCCAACUGAGGAGGCCAUUAAGGCUUUUCUGGAAUACUUGGUCGACCCAAUACUUCCACCUAGAUCUUCUCUGCGUGAUACCCCAUCGCUAUCUCAACAAGAAUCAGUUGCCAAACAGGUUCAUGCUGUUGUGUUACUAUACAACUACUAUCACCGAAAGCAAUGCCCGGAUCUAGAAGUUUUGAACUUCGAUUCGUUUUGCAAGUUGGUUUUGGUUCUGAAACCAGCCCUGCUGCCUCAUAUGAAAUUCAUGCAAAAGCCCAGUGAUACUGAGUUGGAUGACCUGGAGAAACAACUCUCAGUGACAGAAAAAACAAUCAUGGAUGCAUGCAACAUGUCUUUAAGGUUGGAUGCAUCAAAGGAUGUUCCAAAUACAGAGGGAUGGCCAAUUUCUAAAGUUACCGUCUUUUUGGUUGACCCCAAGAAGGAGAACUGCUUAUUGCUAUUCAGUCUCAUUACCCAGGGGGUUUGGUCGGUGAUUGAAAAAGAUUUAGAUGUCGCAGUGCACAGUUCAGAAGAUCAAACGGAGGCAAAACAUGCAAACAGAAACAAAAGAGUCACUGGAAAACCUUCAAGAGUUGAAUCAAGGACUGAUGGAGCUAGCUUCCGCAAACUUGCAUAUUCAGCAGUUAGUGAAGCUGCAGGUAUUAAUCAAACAGAUCUUCUGGUUUUGGAAAGCCAUGUUGUAUUUUCUGUGAGUAAAGAAAAGGCGGCUGUCUGCUUCUUUAUAAUUCAAUGCACCAAAACAGUCAGUGAGAAGAUCAUUCAAAUUCCUAUUCAAGAUGUUAUUGACAGUCUGCAGGGUCCUCUGGUCGGAAAGAGUUCCAGCAGUUGGACAGUUACACCAGUCGUCGAGUACUUCCAUGUGCUUCCUUAUGCUGGGAUUUUGUUAGACUGGUUUUCUAGGAGAGAAUCCUCAAAUGGUUUGCAAGAUUCAAGGCUAGAUGAGGAAAAUAUAACUGUAAACAGCCCUGAUAGGGUUGAAACACCUUGCAAGCUAGAACUUGAUAAAAGCCGAGACAAGUCUCAUGAAAAAGGUAUCAUGAUAGAGAAUGUUGAAAACACAACUGGUUCUAAUCCUCAAUCAUGGAAGCAGAAAGAUACAAGUGGAUGUUGCAAGACAAGUUUGGCUGAUGCCUCCAACGGGCCACAGAAAAUGGAAGUGGAUGACUCUUCCAUGGUCCCCUUGCAGAAUGAACAGAGUUGUAAGAAAAUUUCAAGCACCAUUCAAGUUGUCAAACACCAUAUAGAGAAUCUUGAAAAAGAUACACCCGGAUCUAAACCUCAAUCAAGGGAGCAGAAAGAUACCACUGGAUGUUGCAAGACAAGUUUGGCUGAUGCUUUCAAUGGGCCUCAGAAAAUUGAGGUAGAUGACUCUCCCAUGGUUCCCUCACAAAAUAGAGAACCCUGCAAGAAUAUAUUAAGCACCAUUCAAGUUUCCAACAUGACAUCCUGUAAUGAAAAUGGAUUAAAUUGCUCAGCAAAUCAAGAUGGUAUAGAUGGUCCUGCCAUUGUCACCUAUCAAUCAAGUUCCGAAGAUCUUUACAAGCUUCAGAUUGCUAUAGCUUCUAAAGAAAACAUCUUGUCACAAACUGCUUUGAAAGUUCUUAUGAAAAAAAGGGAUGAACUGUCUAUUCAGCAGCGGAAUAUUGAGGAUGAGAUUGCUCAGUGUGAUAAAAAAAUCCAGACGAUUUUAAAUGGUGGUGAAGAUGAUUUGGCACUAAAGGUAGAGUCCAUUAUAGAAGGUUGUAAUGAUGUCUGUGUAAGAAGUGGAAGGACUCAUCGACUGCUUGAAGACCAACUCCCCCAAAGUAGCAACAGGAAGAGGUUGUCAGAGGCCAUUCUCAAAGAGCAAAAUCCAUGCCAGGAUCUGGAUGAUGCAUGCUAUGAAAACAAUUGGGUAUUACCAACUUAUCGUGUAUCCCCAUCAGAUGGUGGAUUCCAAGCUGAGGUGACAGUAAAAGGGAUGGAUUUUGAUUGUUCAAGUGGGGGUGACCUGUGUUCCAAUCCUCGUGAGGCAAGAGAAUCGGCUGCAGCUCAAAUACUGGUAAAAUUGCGAAGUAUGGCAGGCCAGGCCAAGCAGUUCUAG